AUGGCCGGCUGGCAAAGCUACAUCAACAGCCUCAUGAAAGAUGGGCUGUGCUGUGAUGCCGCAGUGGUCUCCAUUCCUCACCAGCAGCUGAUGGCCGCUCACCAUGGUGGGGUCCUGGUCAACCUAACCCAAGCCGAGAUCCAAACCCUGCUUGGCAGAAACCGAGCCCCACUGCUCACCCAGGGACUGACGCUGGGUGGGCUCCAGUGCCUGGUGAUCCGGGACAACCUGUAUGAGGAAACUCACAGCUACACCAUGGACCUACGGACCAAGCACCUAGAGGAUGAUAUGGAUAAUUAUACGCACGCUGUCACAGUGACCCUGGUCAGCUCCGUGUGCCUCAUCCUUAUAGGCCACAAGGGGAUCCAGGGAGGGAUGCUGAACCUGAAGGCCUUUGAGAUAGCUCGGUACAUCAAGGACACCGUGCGACAAUAA